AUGAAUGGGGUAGUGUUAGAGUAAGAAAAAUAAAAUAGAAUUGAAUUAGAAAAAGUAUAUUUAUAAUAUUAUUUUUAGAUUUAAUAAUAUAACGAAUCAUUAUAAUUUUCAAAUACUUAUAAGUCUGGUAAUUGUUAAGUAACUGAAGGUGCAAAAUUAGUGGCAGAAGUUAGUAAUAGUGGUAGUUGGUAUUUUUGUCUUUUUGAAUAAGCAAUUCCAAAGACUGGGAAAAUAUAGUUUGCAUUCUAAAUACUUAAUGGAUCAUAUUUUAUGGUUGGAAUUGGAUUUAGAGAGAUUAUAUAGAAAAAUAAUUACGUAAGUUGUUAUUAAACUGGGUAUGGGUAUAUAAUUAUAUUAUUUAUAGAACAUAUUUAAUAUCAUAAGGUGGUUGUACUUAUUCUCAUCAUAACAAAGAGAUAUAUGGUAAGUAAUUAUCAUUUACAUUUACAAAUUAUGAUAUAAUAAUAAUUGAAGUAUGUAUUGAACAUAAAUACAUUAAAUGGAGUAGAUAGAAUAAUCCAUAAGCAACAUGUGUUGUAAAUAUAAUAAAGAUUAUUAGUAGUUGGAUAUAGAUACAUCAUAACAAUUAUAUCCAUGUGUUGUUAUUGCUCAUAACUCUAAAAUAAAAUUGUUGGAGAAUAUACCAGUUUGA